GUCUUGUUUUGACACAUUUUUGUUUUGCUUGACAAGCUAACCCAUUUUUUUUCAAUCAAAGCUAGCUGGUCAACACCACAUUGAAACUAAAUAUAGCUAACUACAUGUGUUUCUGUAAUUUCAAACUAUCUAAGUAAUGUUACUGAUGUGCUAGCCAGCAAGUGUAUCGUUGGGCACAUUUGGAAUACAAUGCCAUCUUCGAUGGAAGGAUCUUCUAGAGAAGGUGAACCGUUUACUGUGAAACAUGAGCUGAAAAAUGCCAACCUGACCGGCCACGUAGAGAGGGUGGGAAUUGAGAACUUUGAGCUGCUAAAGGUGCUAGGAACUGGAGCCUAUGGCAAGGUGUUCCUGGUGCGUAAAGUGAGCGGUCAUGAUGCAGGUCAACUAUACGCCAUGAAGGUGUUGAAGAAGGCCACAAUCGUACAGAAGGCCAAGACAGCAGAACACACACGCACAGAGAGACAGGUUCUGGAGCACAUCAGACAGUCACCGUUCCUUGUCACCCUCCACUAUGCCUUCCAGACAGACACCAAGCUGCACCUCAUACUAGAUUAUGUGAACGGUGGGGAGCUCUUCACACACCUGGUACAGAGGGUUCGGUUCAAAGAGCAGGAAGUAUCUCUGUAUAGUGGAGAGAUAGUCCUGGCGCUGGAGCACCUACACACGCUGGGUAUAGUCUACAGAGACCUGAAGCUGGAGAACAUCCUCAUGGACUCCAGCGGACACAUAGUGCUCACAGACUUUGGCCUCAGCAAAGAGUUUGAUGAGUUGGAGAGGACUUACUCUGUCUGUGGCACCAUUGAGUACAUGGCCCCAGAGAUCGCAGAGGGAGGAGAGGCUGGCCAUGACAUGGCUGUAGACUGGUGGAGCCUUGGAGUAUUAAUGUAUGAACUUUUGACGGGUGGAUCACCAUUCACUGUCGAUGGAGACCAGAACUCUCAUACAGAUAUCGCCAAGAGGAUCUCGAAGAAGGACCCUCCGUUCCCCAAAGACAUGAGCCCUCUGGCUAAAGACCUCAUCCAGCGCCUCCUCAUCAAAGACCCAAAGAAGAGACUGGGCUCUGGGCCUGACGGAGCUGACAACGUUAAGAAACAUCCAUUCUACCAGAAGAUAAACUGGGAGGACCUGGCAGCUAAGCGGGUGCUCGCCCCGUUCAAGCCGGUGAUCAGGGAUGAGCUGGAUGUCAGCAACUUUGCGGAGGAGUUCACCGAUAUGGACCCCACCUACUCCCCUGCAGCGAUGCCUCAGAACUGUGACCGCGUCUUUCAGGGUUACUCGUUCAUGGCCCCCUCCAUCUUGUUCAAGAGAAAUGCUGUGAUGGAUGACACGCUGCAGCUGUGUGGAGGAUCAAGAUCACAGAGACCAGGGUCUGCUGCUGUGGCCCGCAGCGCCAUGAUUAAGGACUCUCUGUUUUAUAUGAACUAUGAGAUGGACCUGAAGAACAAUGCCCUUGGUGAAGGAAGCUUCUCUAUCUGUAGGCAGUGCACCCACAAGAAGACUGGACAGAUGUACGCUGUGAAGAUCGUCAGUAAGAGGAUGGAGGCUCAGACACAGAAAGAGAUCACAGCUCUGAAGCUCUGCGACGGCCACCCCAACAUCAUCAAGACUCACGAGAUUUACCAUGACCAGCUGCAUACGUACCUGGUGUUGGAGCUGCUGCGUGGUGGAGAGCUGUUGGAGAGGAUCCGGAGGAAGCAGCACUUCAGUGAGACUGAGGCCAGCCGCAUCAUGAGGAGACUGGUGUCCGCCGUCAGCCACAUGCACGAUGUAGGAGUGGUACACAGAGACCUCAAACCAGAGAACCUGCUGUUCACAGAUGAGAGUGAGAACGCUGAGAUAAAGAUCAUAGACUUUGGGUUCGCCCGGCUGAAGCCUCCAGACAACCAGCUGCUGAAGACACCGUGUUUCACCCUGGCCUACGCCGCGCCGGAGAUCCUCAAAUACGACGGCUACGACGAGUCAUGUGACCUCUGGAGCCUGGGGGUCAUCCUGUACACCAUGCUGUCGGGUCAGGUGCCGUUCCAGUGUCAGGGGAAGAGUCUGGCCCGCACCAGUGCUGAAGAGAUCAUGAAGAAGAUUAAACAGGGAGACUUCUCUUUCGAGGGAGAGGCUUGGCGCAGUGUCUCACAGCAGGCCAAAGACCUCAUACAAGGUAACCAGAUUGUGACAUCAAAUAAGUUACUAAGUCUUUGACCACACUGUGUUGUUACAUUGAGCUCCUGACUGUGGACCCUGACAAGCGGAUCAAGAUGUGUGGUCUGAGGUACAACACCUGGCUCCAAGACGACAGCCAGCUCU